AAUUCAUCGACGACAAGCUAUAAAAACAGAAAACGCUGGGAACGGAUUAAUUCUUGAUGUUGAAUGUGGUCGCCACUUGCUAUUGUUUCCCUCAGGCGCGCUAUUAUGCAACCGCCGCUUUAAUCCAGAUUAGGAUUACGAUCAACACUAAAACGUGAGCACUAGAAUUGUGUCUCCAUUGAGUCACAAGCGGUAAAAUAGUGGACUUUUUGAUGCUGGGAUGCUCGACUGGUCACAUGGGCUGAAAGACGCGGCUGUGUUGGAUCACUAUAGCGGGUGACAGCAGCAAGUCUCCGGCUUUCAACUGAGACCAAAAUAGGAGCUCGACAUUUUGUAAUCCUGCAGCCGACGCCAAAUAUACAGGAGCCACACAUGUCUGAUUUGGCAGAGUACAAGGCGCUCUGUUGUGGAUAAAACAUAUUCGGUGAGCUAAGGACAAGCUGAGUCAACUAACUAGAUGUUGCGAUGUCUGGGAAAGCUCAAAGUGGUUACUCCUACGACUUCUACGAUGCCUGUCACCCUUCAGAAGUGCUUGAAGCUCUUCACGAGUUCCACAGCAGCGGGCUGUUCACCGACAUCACCCUGCAGUCCUCGUCGGGACAGCUCUUCCACUGCCACAAGGCCGUCCUAUCAGCGCGCAGCUCCUAUUUUAAAGUAAUGUUCACCUUAGACAUGAGGGAACGCGCGAACGACACCAUCAACCUACCUUGCGUAGACGGAGAAAUUCUGGGUGCGUUGGUGACCUACGUGUACACAGCCAAAGUCAGCAUAACUCAAAGCAACGUUCAGCGUCUUCUGGAGGCCGCAGACCUGCUUCAGUUCAACUCGCUCAAGAAAGCCUGUGAAAACUUCUUGAUUCGUCUACUAGAUGUUGAUAAUUGCCUCGGGAUGCAUUCGUUCGCCGAGCUUCACGUUUGUUCAACACUGGAAAGAGCGGCUUUAAGGAUCAUCCUGAGUCGUUUUGAAGAUGUCACGCUUCAGGAUGAAUUCCCAGACCGAUUCCAAAAGCUGAUGGCGAUUUUAUCAACGGAGAACCUUAAUGUGUGGAAAGACACAACGUUAUUGGAUGCGGUAGUGAAAUGGGUCGUUUAUGACGUAGCUUCUCGAAUAGAUCACAUUCAAGAGCUCCUCAACUGCAUUCAUAUUGAUGUAGACGAUGUUUAUCUGAAAACGGCGUUGGAUCUACGCAAACGUUGUUCAGAAAGCAAACUGCGAUCUUUAAUUCUGACCUCCUUAAAACCGAGUAAAGGUUUUUCAGACUGUUGCAAGAAACUGACAUGCAGUUUGUAUGUAAUUGGUGGAUAUUAUUGGCAUCCUCUGUGCGAAGUUCACAUGUGGGACCCCGUUUCCAACACGUGGGUUCAGGGAAAAGACAUGCCCGAUUGUGCAAGGGAGAGCUAUAGUGUGGUUCUUCUAGGGGCUGAUAUUUAUGUGACCGGAGGAUACAGGACAGAAACUGUAGAUGCUUUGGAUAAUGUGUGGAUUUAUAAUACAGACUCAGAUGAAUGGACUGAAGGAUGUCCGAUGAUCACAGCUAGGUAUUAUCACUGCUCUGUGGCGUUACGUGGAUGUGUAUAUGUGAUAGGUGGAUAUACAGCAGGUGCUCCUACUCAAGAAACUGAAUUUUAUGAUCCUUUGAAGAAGACGUGGUUUCCAGUGGCUGAAAUGAUACAAGGUGUGGGAAAUGCAACCGCUUGUGUGGUGAAUGACAGAGUUUAUGUAACCGGAGGGCAUUAUGGGUACAGAGGAACCUGCACUUAUGAGAAGAUUCAGACUUACAGGCCAGACAUCAAUGAGUGGAGCAUCACAACAAUAUGUCCACAUCCUGAGUAUGGCCUCUGCUCGGUGUCCUUAAACAAUAAGCUUUAUCUGGUUGGCGGUCAGACCACUAUCACAGACUGCUACGACCCCGAGCGAGAUGAAUGGAGACAGAUGUGUGCCAUGAAGGAGAGAAGGAUGGAGUGCGGAUCAGCUGUUAUAAACGGGUGCAUCUAUGUUGCAGGAGGAUACUCGUACUCUAAGGGAACAUAUCUGCAGAGUAUAGAGAGGUACGACCCGGAGAUAGACUGCUGGGAGAUAGUGGGAAACCUCCCGUCCGCUGCACGAUCGCACGGAUGUGUUUGCGUGUUUGGUGUGUGAAGUCAUUACAGUAAAUCUGAGGUAAGUUAAAGGGGUAGUUCACCCAAAAACGAAAGAUUACUUUGUUGUUCUGUUGAACUCAAAAACACUGAUUUAUUGAAACUUGUUACCCAAUGAUCUCCAUAGUAUUUGUUUUUUUACGGCUGCUGGAUUAUGGGAAAAAUCAUAAUCACGAUUAUUUUGGUCAUAAUUGUAAUCAGGAUUAUUCACAACGAUUAUCAGUUAAAGUCAAAAUUAUUCGCCCUCCUGUAAAAUUAUUAUUAUUUUUUAAAUAAUUAUUUCCCAAAUGAUGUUGAACAGAGCAAUUUUUCACAGUAUUUCCUAUAAUAUUUUUUCUUCUGGAGAAAGUCUUUAUUUGUUUUGCUUUGGUUAGGAUAAAAGCAGGUUGAAAUAUUUUGAAACCCAUUAUAAGAUCAAUAUUAUUAGCCCCCUUAAGCAAUAUAUAUUUUUGAUUGUCUGCAGAAGAAACUACUGUUGUACAAUGACUUGCCUAAUUACAUUAAGCCUUUUAAUUGCACUUUAAGCUGAAUACUAGUAUCAUAGCAAAGAUAAAACAAAUCAGUUAUCAGAAAUGAGUUAUUAAAUCUGUUAUGUUUAGAAAUGGGUUGAAAAAAAUCUUUCUGUUAAACAGAAAUUGGGGGAAAGGGUCGCUAAUUAUUCAGGAGGGCUAUUAAUUCUGACUUCAGCUGUAUAUAUAUAGUUAUUUUCCCCCCUGUAAAUAAGAAAAGGAAAAUAAAUACAAUAGAAUAAAAAUAUGAAACAAACUGUGCUUUAAGCAUCUUCACUGUAAGAAAAAAAACUUAAAUUAUAACUGCAAAAGUCCAUCAGUCAAGAGCAGUGAGGGAUUUUCUCCUUUUGUUGUUUGAUUAAUGAUAGAAACAGUCGGCAGCAGGAAUAUUGCGCGCUGUCACUUUAAGAGAAGUGCGGUUUUGAUAAAUGGUUUCAUUUUCACAUGUCGUUUGAGUCUCAACUCAUAUGUUUAUUACACAAAUGAGGGUUAAUAUGAAUAAUCACUGAACACUUUUGACACAAAUGUGCAUGUAUUUGACCAUUAAAGUGCUCACGUUAAGAAGCUUUUAGAUGUGUGUGCUCUGCUCGUCUCUGAGGGCGCACACACACAACAGCAUGCGCUUUCUUUCGCGCUUUUAAUGACAAUAAUGAUUCGAAUGUACAUCAAUGAUUGAUGCGCAUCCCGUGCUGCAAACGUUACAUCACAGUAGAUGCUUUGUCAUUUUCAUGUGAAACUGAGCUUUGCAGAGCAACAAAUGUGUACAACUGGAAAAAGGGCUGUAUAUGAUGCAAUAAUUGUUUUAUCUCGAUUAAUGUUUUUUCAUAAUCAUUAGAAGCCAAAAUCGAAAUCAAAACCGAAUUUUCGAUUAAUUGCACACCCCUAUUUUCUAUAAUGGAAGUCAGUGGUUACCAGUGUUGGGGAAAAUUACUUUUGAAAGUAAUGCAUUACAAUAUUGAGUUACUCCCCCGAAAAGUAACUAGUUGCGUUAUUAGUUACCUUUUAUGGAAAGUAAUGUGUUACGUUACUUUUUCUGAACUGCCUAAGGUUUGAUCUCUUUAAAAAUAGAGGAGCUCUACAUUUAACACACUGUACAUAACAUACACCUUCAUUUACCUUUAAAAAAAUCGAAUCAUAAAAAAACUAUUUGAACAAUGUUACUUUCUGAGAACUUCCUGACGCUAUAAGGGAAUUACCAACCUACAUCACACGGGUUCAACCGCAAUUAGCGGUUGCAAAAAGAACUGGUUGCAAUAGCAAACGUGGUGUUGUGCGGUAGGAUGCCAAAUUCAAUAGAAAACUUGAAUUUGAUUAUUUUGCUUGUUUUAAGGAAAAACUCAAUUUUCAUAUUAUUUUUUAAAACAAUAUUUUUUGCUUGUCUAGAAAAUGUGUCUUGAUUUAAGAAUUUUUUAGAUAUUUGGACUAGACAAGACAAGACAAAUAUCCAAGUAAGAAAAGCAUUUUUUUGCAGUGUAUACAGGCAAAACAAAAUGUAUGCCCUUGUAUUCUCACCAUAAUUUGACUUGCGUUGCUUGUAUGAAGCAAAAUUGAAGUUCCGGAUGGCAUUUGAAUCAUCUGGAGAACAUAAUCGAUCAGGGUUUUUUUAAUAACCAGUGGAGCGUUCUAAAAUAAUACACAUUUUUAGUUCAUUUAUUUGAAAAUUUCAGACUUUUGCUUUCUGUUAUACAGAGUGGAAAAUAAGUAUUGAACACGUCACUUUGUUAGGAAACAUAUUUCUAAAGGUGCUGUAGACUUGAAAAUUUCACUGGAUGUUGAUGGCAACCAAAGAAAUCCAUAUAUACAAAGAAAAGAAAACUAAUUAGUUUACAAAUGAAGUUAUGUGUAUUAAAGUGAAAUGACACAG